GUGCAGAUAGUAAGUAUCAUAUAAAUAUAUCUGUUAGCCGUCCGCCAAUUAUUCCAAAGGAUUUCAUAAAAAAUGAAGACUCUGGUAGUACUAGCAGUUUUGGUUGCAUCCUGUGCCGGUGGUGCCAUACCCCUUGUACCAGGGGACAACAGCCACUAUGUAGAAGGCGAGAGCCGCUACAUCUGGAUGCCCGAUGGCGAAGGUAACCCUAAACUGGUUGACCUUCACGAGCCUGUCGAUGAAGCUUUUCUGAACAGCAAAAAUGGAGCUAACAACCAAUACUGGCUAUUUACUAGAUCAAACCAGAACAACCACCAACUCUUGAUCAAUGGUAACAUCCAGUCUGUCCGUAACUCUAACUACGAUGGCAGCCGUCAUUUGAAGGUAAUUGUUCACGGAUGGAACAACAACGGUAACACCGCCAUGAACUCCCUGAUCAGAUCUGCCUUCCUGGCCGUUCAGAAUGUUAAUGUUAUCGUCGUUGAUUGGCGCGCCCUUGCCAAUUCUAACUAUGUGACCGCUGCUGCCGGAGUCCCCAGUGCCGGCCAACAUCUCGGCAACUUCCUUGUAUGGCUAAUCAACAAUGCUGGUGGUAACUUCAACAACGUGCACUUGAUAGGAUUCAGUUUGGGUGCUCACUUUGUAGGCAGUGCUGGUCGCCAAGCUGGUGGACGUUUCGGCCGUAUCACAGGUCUGGACCCCGCUGGCCCUGGCUGGACUUCCAACAGUAACUCUUUGAGCAGUAACGCUGCUGCGUACGUAGAGGCCAUCCACACUGACGGAGGUCUUCUCGGAAUCUUCAACCGUGUUGGUAACACAGACUUUUACCCCAACGGCGGCAGAAGCCCUCAGCCAGGCUGCGGUGGCAGCACCUGCUCUCACGGCAGGUCUACUGAGUUAUUCGCUUCCAGUGUCCGCACCAACCACUUUGUUGGAAGGCUGUGCAGUAAUCUCAACCAAGCACAGAACAAUCAAUGCACCGGGGGAUCCCUCAACAUGGGCAACGGUAUCAUUUCAAAGAGAGGAAACGGUAUCUACGGUCUCCGUACUGGCAGCAACUGGCCUUUCUAAUCUCGUCUUAAAAAUAAUGGAUUCCUUGAAAUCGUCAACUAUUAAGUAUAUUAAAUAAAUGUUUGUGUAAGAAU